CUAGUACAAGCUAUAUAAGAAGCAGCACAAGCAACUUGAAAAUUAAGCACUGCCACCAACCAGCACGUGUGGAUUUCGUUAUUAAUUUAGUUUUCUUCUAAUAUUGUGUUAAUAGUUUGUAUUUCCAUAAACGAAAAGUGUAUAAGAGUUUAGAGAUGACCGAAAGGGACUCGCAUCAGUUCAGUGAUGCUGACGAGGAGGAGGAAAUACCAUAUAAGAAUAACUUGGUGAAUAACUUCAAAAACUUGACCGUCAAGCAUGUCAUGUUCAAGGAUAUCGCAGAAGGUGAAAUUGAAAACGACGAUUUGAAGAAUAUAAUAGACGAAACAAGCGCAGACGAGCAAGAUGACAAUGAAGAAGCCGAAGAUGAUUAUGACUACAAUGAAGCCAGUGAUGAUGCUUAUGACUAUGAAGAGUCUUAUACCGGCUACCAAAAGCACAAUGCGCAAAUUUCACUCAACCACACAGGCAAUACAAAUGCUGGCAGCGCCGCACAGUCUAAUCGUUUGAACAGCUAUCAACCGAAUGAAAAACUUUUGAAACGUUACUCCGCGCGCAUCAAUGUCGAGAAAUACGAUCCGAAUGCCAAUAUGAGCGCGCAGGCCGCCAAUCGCUUGGUCACAUUCGAUCGGCGUCAAGAAGCGGAACGUGUGCGUGUGCGCGAUAAGCAUGAUCGCGCGACAGCUGAGCAAGUUAUGGAUCCACGUACACGUAUGAUACUGUUCAAAUUGUUAAAUCGUGGUUUUAUACAAGAGAUCAAUGGCUGCAUUUCGACUGGCAAAGAGGCGAAUGUGUACCAUGCUGUUUCGAAGGAGGACGAUGAAUACGCGAUCAAAAUCUAUAAAACAUCCAUUUUGAUAUUCAAAGAUCGUGAUAAGUAUGUAUCGGGUGAAUUUCGUUUUCGACACGGCUACUGUCGUCACAAUCCACGCAAAAUGGUGCGCACCUGGGCGGAGAAGGAGAUGCGUAACUAUUUGCGUAUGCAUAAUGCCGGUGUACCAGUGCCGGAACCCUUACUCUUGCGUUCACAUGUGUUGGUGAUGCGUUUCUGUGGCAAAAAUGGUUGGCCGUCACCAAAACUGAAAGAUGUGGAGUUGACUACCUCCAAAGCGCGUGAGCUCUAUCGUGAGUGUGUGGUGCUUAUGUGGCGUAUCUACAACAAAUGCAAAUUGGUGCAUGCAGAUUUGUCAGAAUUUAAUAUUUUACUACAAGAUGGGCAACUAAUCAUCAUCGAUGUGAGUCAGUCGGUGGAGCACGAUCACCCGCAUGCAUUUGACUUUUUGCGUAAAGAUUGCGCCAACAUAUCCGAUUUCUUCCGCAAACGUUCGGUGGCCACAAUGACUGUGAAAGAGCUGUUUGACUUCAUAACAGAUCAGUCGAUUACAGAGGAGAAUAUGGAGGCGUGUUUGGAGCGUAUAUCUGAAGAGAUCAAAGAUCGCGAUUUUGAAGCGAUCACGGCGCAAGAGAAAAUCGAUGAGGCGGUGUGGCAGAACACCUACAUACCCAAGCGUUUGGAUGAGGUGCGUCACUUUGAGCGCGAUGUCGAUAAGGCCAAGAAAGGUGUUAAGCAAGAUCUUAUAUAUGGUAAAAUUACUGGCUUAAACGCUGAGCUCAAUGUACAGGAGAAACCUGCUAUACUGGCUGGCGAUGGUGAAAAUGAGAAUAAAGAAAAUAUAGCAAACGCCACAAAAACCAACGACGACGGCACCGAUGCAAGUGAAGAUGAAGAAGACGAGGAAGAAGACUCCGAGGCUGAGGGUGAUGGUAACACUAGCUUUAUCAAUUCCUCGCGUCCACGUGACGAAUCUCCUGAGAGCAAAAAAGCGCGUAAGAAAGCGGUUAAAGAGGCAAAGGCGGAGAAACGCAAAGUGAAGGUUAAAAAGCAUGUCAAGAAGCGGAAAGAGAAGGUGGCGAGCACGCGCAAAUAAUUUUUAAUGGUUGAAAACCGCAUGCUUUUAUUAAAAAUUAGUACUUU